AUGGUAACGAGGGACUCAACCGAUGGAAGUGCUAAACAUUUAGAACCUUUAGCGAAUGGCCCCUCGAAGGAUGCGCGGUCUUACAAUGGCUACUUUGUAAAUGGUUAUAAGUUCCACACACAAGAAUAUGGUAAAGGACGUGCAACGAAUAACUAUGGACUAUGCAUGAGGGGGGAGAUGUAUAAUGGCAAAGAGUCAAAGUACUAUGUUAACAAAAAUAAAUUGGUUGAUGUUAACCCUAAGUCUCGUAUUCAAACUAACGACCCUUUUUGUUUGGCAUCACAAGCGGAACAAGUAUUUUAUACGCCAUAUCCUGCAGUGACAAAGGAAACAAAAGAUCUUUGGGCGGUUGUCAAGACAAAGCCAAGAGGGGUAUAUGAAGUCACCAAAGCUGAAAUGGAAGUUGCGCUUGAUGGAAACACAGAAGCAAACGGAUUCUUUCAUCUUGAUGAGCGGUUUGAGUUACCGAAUGAAGUAAAUGUUAGUGAACGUUUGACCCUAGACUCAAAUAGAACUAACUUUAAGCAAAUAUCUUCCGAUGAAAGUGAGGGUUCUGAUGCGGAAAACCUAGAAGAUGAUACAUAUGAAAAGGAUAGAGAUGAACCAGUUUAUUUUGACUACUCUGAUCCAGAUGAGGACGAAUGUGGUUUUGUACCAGGAGCCAGGUCAUCACCUUUGUCUGACCUUAGUGACCUUCCAUGCAAUGGUUUUGUAUCAGGAGCCAGGUCAUCUCCCAGCCCUAAUGGCCUUCCACGCAUCCCUUUGUCGAGUGGCCUUUCACGCACUUCAGUUAGGACGGCAACGCCGAGAUUCUCAGGGAGUAGUAUUGUAUAUGGUUAUGAGAUGACAGGAAAUAAUGAAGAGCCUGCUAAUGAUUUUUUCUAUAAUGGGCCUGGGCAGGAACAUGAGCCUGAGCAUAGGCAUGAGUCUGUGCAUGAGCCUGAGUCACUAAUGAUUCAGACGCCCCAUUAUUCGGGUACACAAGGUGGAUCAAAUGAUGCAUAUUCGAAUGGUUCUCGUAGGCCAUUUAUCACACGAAAGGGGUACAAGUAA